AUGUCACCUACUGCUGGAAGUACUAGUAGUGAUCUUAACGGACAUGCUGUUUACAACGCUUGUAAAAUUUUGGUAGAAAGGUUAAAACCAUAUCGUGAGAAGAUGCCGGAUAAAAGCUUCAAAGAGAUUGUUGGUAUUGCACACCUUGACCGAGUCAAUUUAUCAGCCAAUGGAUUCUAUAAAACACCAGAUAUCAGUUAUGAUUUUGAAAAAAAUGAAGGGUUAAUGUUCCCUUAUUAUACAACAGGUGCAGGAUGUUCAGAGGUUGAGAUUGAUACAUUAACGGGUGACCAUACAAUCUUAAGGACAGAUAUAUGUAUGGAUAUUGGUAGAAGUUUAAAUUAUGCAUUAGAUGUUGGACAAAUUGAAGGAGGUUUUAUGCAAGGUGUUGGAUGGCAUACUCUUGAAGAAAGUUUACAUUUUCCAAAUGGUGCAAAAGUAUCUAAUUUAAAUUCAAUUCAUGGCAGUAAAGGAAUUGGUGAACCACCGUUGCUUUUAGGAAAUACAGUAUUUUUCGCUAUUAGGGAUGCUAUUAAAGCUGCAAGGUAUUUCAUUUUAAGAUCACCCGCAACACCCGAAAGAAUUCGAAUUGCUUGUGAUGAUGAAAUUGUGAGGAAUUGUAAGGUUGAGAAAAAAGACGGAGAACUUCCAUGGGUU